AUGCAGAGCAGCAGGUUAUAUAAUACACUUGUCCUUUUUGGCCCUUCUGGAAGUGGGAAGUCAACCCUACUUAAAAACUUAUUAGCAGAAUUCCCUAAUAUUUUUGGCUAUAGCAUUUCGCAUACUACAAGGCAACCUCGUUUAGGAGAGAUUGAUGGGAAGGACUAUCAUUUUAUUAGCAAAGCUGAAAUGCUUGCAAAAAUAGAAGAUAAUAUGUUCAUAGAAACUGCAGAAUAUUCCGGUAAUUUAUAUGGGACCAGUAAAUUUGCAAUUGAGAGUGUGAUAUCAGAAAAUAAGAUAUGCCUUCUUGACAUAGACAUGGUUGGUGUUGAAAAACUUAAAUCGCUUUCAUUUCACCCCUUUAUUAUUUUUAUAAGACCGCCUUCUAUAAAAGUUCUAGAAGAAAGGCUGAGAAAGCGUGGAUCUGAUCCAGAAUGUUCUAUACAGAAACGCUUAGAAAUAGCUGAAAGAGAGUUGGAGUACGCUAGUAAGGCUGAGCACGUAAACUAUGUUAUAGUAAACGACAACUUGCAAGAAGCAUACAGCAAACUUAGAAAAGUUGUUCUUCAGUGUGUUCUUAAUAAAAAAGAUACUGAAUAA